AGAAUGUCCCACACCGAAAAAAAAAUCCGAAACCGAGCGAAAAAAACCUGCGAGUGGGCCUGGCGGAUGGGAUUAUUAAAGCCUCGCCGGAGCCGCGGCUCGCCCUCCCACUCCGUCAGCCUCGGGAGAGGAGCCGCGCCCGCCGGCCGCCCCCAGCCCCAUGGACCUCCGAGCAGGGGACUCGUGGGGGCUGCUAGCUUGCCUGUGCACUGUGCUCUGGCAUCUCCCUGCGGUGCCAGCCCUCAACCGUACAGGGGACCCAGGGCCCGGCCCGUCCAUCCAGAAAACCUACGACCUCACCCGCUACCUGGAGCACCAACUCCGCAGCUUGGCUGGGACUUACCUGAACUACCUGGGCCCCCCUUUCAAUGAGCCUGACUUCAACCCACCUCGGCUGGGGGCAGACACUCUGCCCAGAGCCACCGUUGACCUUGAUGUGUGGCGGAGCCUCAAUGACAAACUGCGGCUGACCCAGAACUACGAGGCCUACAGCCACCUUCUGUGCUACCUGCGCGGCCUCAACCGCCAGGCUGCAACGGCCGAGCUGCGCCGCAGCCUGGCCCACUUCUGCACCAGUCUCCAGGGCCUGCUCGGCAGCAUUGCUGGCGUCAUGGCAGCUCUGGGCUACCCAUUGCCCCAGCCCUUGCCUGGGACAGAGCCCACCUGGGCCCCUGGUCCUGCCCACAGCGACUUCCUCCAGAAGAUGGACGACUUCUGGCUGCUGAAGGAGCUGCAGACCUGGCUGUGGCGCUCAGCCAAGGACUUCAACAGGCUCAAGAAGAAGAUACAGCCUCCAGCUGCUGCGGUCACCCUGCGCUUGGAGGCCCACGGCUUCUGAUCUCUGCCUUACCACCCUCCUCCUACCCCUCCCCACUGAAACCGUGCUCCCUUCUGGGAGAGAGAAACCUGUAUGCCAACAUCUGUUGAGCCAGGAGACAGAAGCCAUGAGCUUCUGGCCCUCCCCUGGAUGAGACGGGGUGUGAUGCAGUAGCCCCGUCUCCUCCCCGCCUCCCCAAGUCCUACAGGUCUGGGGAAGAGGUGCAAUAGGCCCUAUCCCAUUUCUACAAGAAGUACUGCUCAAGGGAGCCCCAGGUGGUCUAAGUUGGCUCGCAAAGGUCUCACCAUCUCCUGUUGCCGGCCCACCACUGCCAGUGCCUCCCAGCCUCUCAAGUGCACUUCCAGGAAGCGUGACAGUAGGUCAGGGAUCGGGGCCACCACAGCAAGUGCCUUUCUCGGGUGAAGCCCUUUGGCUGGCCCACUCUCCUUGGAUGUGUGUUGUUUCCCUACCCCCAAAUAACUCUCUAUGUCCAGUUCAGGAAACAAACAUGGUGGCGCAACUAAGCAGGAAGAAAACGGGAUUAAAAAUAGAAGAGGUGGGCUCUGCAUUGGAGGUGGCCUGUAAACCAGACAGGUAAUACCGAAAGUGGAGGGGUGGGGACAGACGUGACCCAGGGGCCACCAAGGCAGUCAGUGGUCCAGGGUGGCAAACGAAGCCAUGGUGAGCAUCGGCACCUUGCCUUGUGGUAUUUGCCGGCAUCACCAUGCCUCCUCUCACCCCUUCCCCAGGGUAUCUGUGGGUUGCCCAGGCUUGGGAGGGCAACUACAGCCACAGCCACAGGAUUUCCUGAAAGUUUACAUUGCAGUAGCAUUUUGGGGUGUGGGGGGCAGCUUCCCCUGGCCUGGGCCCUCAGCCCCACCCACUCAUGACUCUAAGUUUGUUGUAUUAAUAUUUAUUUAUUUGGAGAUGUUAUUUAUUAGAUGAUAUUUAUUACAGAAUUUCUAUUCUUGUAUUAACGAAUAAAAUGCUUUCCCCAGAACUUAUGCUCUUUGGUGGCCUCGCCCCUCCUCCUGUUUCUUAUUCCUUGGUUCUCCUGGCCCUCCCCAGCCCCUGGCUCCCAUUGCCAUGAGUGGAGGGCCCAGAGCCCCAGGGGCUCACCCAGGAAACACAGAGCUGGCGGGGAGAGACUCUCCUCUCACCCUCCCUCCCCAUGGAGAGACGAGCAAACGCAUCUCUGCUCCUGCUCCCCCAACCCUCCUCCUGCUCCCCCUACCCUCUUCCUGUGCCCCCUACCCUCCUCCUGAUCCCCCUACCUUCCUCCUGCUCCCCUUACCCUCUUCCUGCUCCCCCAACUCCCCUCCUGGUCCCUCUGCUCCCUCUACCAACCCUGUCAGGUAGUCCUCCCACAUAUCUCUGUCUGUCCCUUCCUUUCUUCCUCCCUGCUUUUGCUCUGUCCUCCUCACCCCUCCGGGUCACUUAAUGGUUUUACAGGUUUGGCUCCCCGCUAUGAAAUUCUCCUUUCCAGCCCACCCUCCACAUCAGAGCUGUUUACUUGCUCCUCUGGGGCCCUCUCCUAAGUGGUCAGCCCCUGAGCACUAAGUCCCAGUUUCUCCAGGACCCCCAUCUGCUGCCAUCCACUUGGGACCCCAGAGCAGUGCUCCUCACCUUCUCCUCUAUACCUUCAUUUUCUAGGGAGAGUGACAGACAGCAGCUAAGUCACAGUUCUCAGCUGUGGCUCCAUUCUCUCUCUAGUGUAAGGAAGUAUGGGGCGGGGGUAGGAGGGUGGGAGACCUCCUUCUGGGCUGGAAGGGAGUGAGAUGGAUUGAUUCAAGGGAUGACCUAAGCCCAAACUGCAGCUUCAUAACCUUUUAGCUGAAUAAUCUCAGACAUUACUUACUCUCUCUGAGCUUCAGUUUCCCCAUCUGUGAAGUAAGGGUAGUACCCUGACAAGAUCGCUGGGACGGAAACCAGAAACAGUGAAGGCAAGUGCUAGGCUGCAGCAACAGCAGCUGUGGCACUUACAGAUGAUGUGGGACAUAGUGUGUCAUGACACUCUAGUUAAGAACCACUGGGUAAAUGAAUGGGUUACCUGCCCCCCGGGUAGUCCCUGGAUGUUUUACAAGGGCCUCCUGCGACAGUGCCUUAAGUCAAGGGAGCAACAAAUGAUGGUAAUGUCAGUUGACAGCUAUUUUAAAGCCUUAAGGACCUGCCCAUCACUGUGCUAACUAGAAUAGGAAAGCCAGGAGCCCAAAACUGAGCUUGGUUCCUGCCCUUACAGCGCUUUCCAUCUACUUGGGAAGAAAAGACCAGCUUUCCUGAGACACUAAGAGGGAAAAGCAUACCCAUGUCAGAUGGCCUGGGAGGAACCAACAUGUGUACACCCCAUUGGGAAGAGGAGGCCGGGGUGGAGAGGGCGCAGGAGGGGCUGGACCUGCUUGUAGGCAGAGCAUAUCAGGCUCUGCUGAAUGUCCCUGGGUCACCUGGCCCAAGGUGGAGGGCACCUUCCUGCCCUGAGGGGUCCAGGCUCCUGAGGCAGAGACAUCUGCUGGCCAUGGCCAGGGGGACCCUCAGGCCCUGCGUCCUGCCUAACGACAAAAGAGGGGCAUCUGGAACUCUCUCCAUGCAUGAGCAAAAUAUCUGUCAUAUGUAAGGCACAAUACAAGGGUCACGAGGAAUAUGGAGAGAAAUGCUCACCCCCUCACCCAACAGUGAGCUUCUUGAGGGCAGAUUCUGAGUCCUCCUCCAUCUCCCUAUCUGCAGCACCCAGCUAAGGCCCUACCCAAAGAAGGCGCUCAAUAAAUGUGUGUUGGACAAAAUAAUCUAAAGGGAACAGGUCACUCUCCGGCCAUCCAGUGCUGAAACACACGGCAGAAUUUGAUUAAGUGCAGAAAGAAAGAUGCAGGAAAGUACUAUGGGCAUCGAGAAGGUGUGACCCCAGCUGGCUGAGUGAAGGCCCUGCUGGUCUGCCAGAGGGGAGGAGGUCUCCAGUCUUCAUGUUUCCAGAACCUAGCUCAUAGCAGGUACCCAAUAAUCACCUUUUGCAUAAAUGCAUGAGGUGGGAUUAGACACUGGUCUUGGAGGGUGGGCAGAAUUUUGAGAGAUGGGACAGGAUCAUGGCUAGCUCAGUCUGCCUCCCAGUCAAGCAGACAGUGUCAGAGGGCAGGGGCCAGCCAGGACUUACUCAUCUCUGCACCCCCCCAGCAGUGGGCACAAUAACUGGCACCCAGUAAAAGACUUGGUAGUUUGCUGAAUUAAAGUAAUUUAAAGAGUAUCAAGGUCCUUGGAUGGCACAAACAGUUUGUGCUCGACUAUGGUUGGCAGUUUGAACCCACCCAGGGGCCCUGUGGAAGGAGGCCUGGCAAUCUGCAUCCAUAAAGAUUACAGCUAAGAAAACCCUAUGGAGCAAUUCUAUUCUGUACCACAUGGGGUUGCCAUGAAUAGGAACCAACUUGUCGGCAAUGGGUUGGUUUUGGUUUGAACAAGUAUCCAGGUAACAGUGUAGUAGAAGUCAGGAGAAGAGAGUUUUAAGGAGCCGUCUGAUCAACAGUCUCAGCUGUCCCCGAGAAACUGAGAGAAUACUAAGAGAAAUCCACUGGCUUUGGUCAUUAGGCAGUCACAGGUGACCUUUGAAAGCAGUUGUGAGGCAGACACAAUUAUGAGAUUAAACGGUACGGUGGAAAAGGAAGGGGGUCACUGUAUUCACUCAAGAGUUUGGGGUAAAAGGAAUAUCUAGCAGGACCAAGGAAGAGUUUUUUUUUUGUUUUGUGUUGUUUUUAAUCCAAGAAGCUGGACUGUAUGAAGAAGAACAGGGCAUCAGGAUUGGAGGAAGACUCAUUAACAACCUGUGUUAUGCCGAUGACACAACCUUGCUUGCUGAAAGUGAAGACGACUUGAAGCACUUACUAAUGAAGAUCAAAGACCACAGCCUUCAGUAUGGAUUGCACCUCAACAUAAAGAAAACAAAAAUCCUCACAACUGGACCAAUGAACAACAUCAUGAUAAACGGAGAAAAGAUUGAAGUUGCCAAGAAUUUGGUUUUACUUGGAUCCACAAUCAACAGCCAUGGAAGCAGCAGUCAAGAAAUCAAAACACGCACUGCACUGGGCAAAUCUACUGCAAAGGACCUCUUCAAAGUGUUGAAGAGCGAAGAUGUCACCCUGAAGACUAAGGUGCGCCUGACCCAAGCCAUGGUAUUUUCAAUCACAUCAUAUGCCUCUGAAAGCUGGACAGUGAAUAAGGAAGACCGAGGAAGAGUUGACGGUUUUGAAUUGUGGUGUUGGCGAAGAAUAUUGAAUAUACCAUGGACUGCCAAAAGAACAAACAAAUCUGUCUUGGAAGAACUGUGGCCAGAAUGCUCCUUAGAGGCAAGGAUGGCAAGACUGUGUCUUACAUACUUUGGACAUGUUGUCAGGAGGGAUUAGUCCCUGGAGAAGGACAUCAUGCUUGGCAGAGUACAGGGUCAGCGGAAAAGAGGAAGACCCUCAACGAGGUGGAUUGACACAGUGGCUGCAACAAUCAGCUGAAGCAUAACAACGAUUGUAAGGAUGGCGCAGGACCGGGCAGUGUUUCAUUCUGUUGUGCGUAGGGUCGCUAUGAGUCGGAACCGCCUCGACGGCACCUAACAACAACAACAAACAUGCCACUGGCUAAGUGCAGGGUGGUGGGUGGGGAAGAAUAGAGAGGCCUGGGGACUAGAAUAAGGAGACUACUGGAGGAGAUUACAGAGGGCUGCCAGUCAGCAUGGAAGGUGACAUUCUCCAGUAGCAGAGAAGGGACAGGUAAAGAUAAGGCAUCAUACAAGGCCUGAGUUACUCGCAGGGCAGGAAAGACAGAGAACCAUCAGGGGUGAGGGGUUCUAGGGUGCUGGAUUGCUGGCUGGCUGUGAGCCACAGAGUGCUGGCAGGUAGCAGUGAGGGAAAACUGUGGCAGAUAAGGGUGCUCCAGGGGGAGGGAGGGGACGGCCGGAGGGAGGGCCGCAGAGGAGAGUGCCACUUGAGAGGGCAUUUCCGAGUUUUCAUUCGAAGUCUCCCCCAGACAGCUCCCUAAUGAGCUGUUGGGGGUAUGAACCCUCCUUUGAGUUCUGCCACUGUGUUCCCUGGGCCUUCUGUGAAGAUGCUAGCUAGCUCUUUGGCACAGGUCUGCUGGCCAGGGAUGGCUCAUCAGUCUUUUCUGUGAGUGAGUUUGUCCUUAGUUCUCUGUCCACAGCUGUCUUAGGAGAUGCAGUGAGGGGCCGAGUGAGCUUCCCUUGGUUAUCUGAGGUUCCACCACACAAGUAUGGCCUUACAGUCAGGGGCCCAGGUAUCCUAAGAACCUUGGCUACCUGGUACCCUGCAGAGUCCUGGGGGAUGUUAUCUCUAGAAGUCUAUGUUCCCAGGAAGGCUUGGGAGAAUGGCGCGAGGGAGAGCCGGCCCUCCUCACUGUCCUCUCCAGAUGCCAUGCACUGGGGAUUAGUUGCACUAUCAUCUAGGGUGCCCAGAAGUGCACCUGUGCUCAAGAGGAUGAACAAGAUGGGGGUUGGUUCCCUGAGGGCAGUAGCUCUGCUGGGGUGGGGUAGGAGUGGAUAUGGAAGAGGGUUCGGUGAUGGUGGGAACAAGGUUUGCUGGCACUUGGCCCAACACCCAGGACUCAGGGAUCUCCUCGGUAUGUGAGGGGAUUAAUUCAAGCAUUCAUUUUACAUACACACACACACACACACACACACACACACACUCUCUCUCUCUCUCAUCUACCCCAAAUGGGGAAGAGCAAAGCAAGGUGUCUGUUCCCCUUAACCUAGAGGGCAAGGGCAGUGAUUCAGGCCCCCGAGCACUCCAACAGGCGGCCCCCUCUCAGCCCCCCUUCUUCUCUGGAGCCACAACUGUCCCUGCCUUUGUCCCUUCAGUCCUUGAGUUCCCUGACUCUGUCUGGGUCCCCCCUUUACGAGCAGUGGACAAAGCCCUUGUCAGUGGGGUGGGGCGGCAAUGGAGGGACUGUGAGAAAACUUCAGGUCCAGCCCUUUCUCAGUCACAACUAUUGUUGGGUCCCUCAGCCUCGCCAGGUCAGAGGUCACCCCUAGGCCCCUCUCCAACUAUAUCUGAUCUCCAAGACCUGGCUGAUGGGGUGGAAACAGUUAAGGAGGACCUUCCUUCCAGCUAGACCAAGUCUGACACCUGGUGGCCAAGGUGAAGAAUGGCCAGAAGGGCCCCAGGACUUCUCCAGAGCAGGAUGGUCAAGGUAAACCGGGAGGGGACUGGAGGAGGUAUGGAGGGUGGUAGUUGGUAUGGGACAGAAUAGACAUCCUGUGGCAGAGAGACCCUGAGGAACCUUUACCUCGAGCAGGCUCCCACUGGCCCUUAAGCCCACUCGACUCGGAGGAGGGGUGUCUGGGAGUGCAGUGAGGAACUAGGAGGAACUGCCAGGAAGAAUGCUGGCCCACAGGGCGAGGAAUGGGGCCUCAGGCAUGUGAGUAUGUUGGGGGCUGAGAUAUCAGUCUGGCUGCCCAGAAUCCCCUGAGCUCAGAGUGGGUGGCAGGGCCUGGGGGCCUGAGCAGGGGCUGCUGCGGGAGAGGGAAGAGCAGGGUACGCCCCACAGCCUCUGGGCCACAGGCAGCUGCUUUCCUCCCUCACCUGCCCCCACCUUCCCAGCUCUACCUGGAGUUCCCCACAAGCCCCAUCGUGAGCUGGGGGCAGGGAGGGAGCUUACCAGGCGCAGGCGCAGCGCUGAGCCCCCCCUCCUGUCCUGCCACAUUGUCUGAGCUAAGUCAGGCCUAAUCCCCUUCCCCUCAGAGCAGCCAGCCGCAGGAUUCGGCUCUCAGGAAGGUACUGGGCCCCUUCACGCUCCAGCUCUUUUCUCUCCUGGGCUCCCCUUGAGGGUUCCCAGCCGAGAAUCAGCGGUCACUCCCGUCAGUCCCAUCACCAGCCUCUGGGUGUCAGGGUGAGCCAAGGAACCUGAGCUUGAGUCUCAGGACAUGCCUCAAAAGAGAGAGAACUUAGUCCUCAACUCAGACCUCAGCUGGCCCUUCAGCCUGAAGCUGCCACUGUGAGAAGCCCCAGGCCAGCAGUUUCGGGGAUGGGCCUAGGACGCUGCCUGGGUAGGAGAGGAAUUCAGGCAGGUAGGUGAUAUGAGGCAGACAGGUAGGGGGCAAGGAGGAAAAGACGGAGGUGGCAGCUGGGGGCUGGCCUAGUUGCCAGCGAACCUUGGGGUCCAGAUGCCGAGUCAGGGAGUAGGCCCAAGGGACAAGGAUGACUCCGGUCAUGAGUGCACUUUGCCUCGGGGCUAUCCCACUGAUUGAUGGAGCAAGGCCAAGGGACAAGGAUGGCUCUGGUCCUGAGUGCCCCCUCCCCUUGUGGCUUAUCCUGCUGUCUGAUGGGAGGAGAGGCCGCUGCUGCCUGUGGAGAGUUCCCUCACUCUGGCCAGAAAGCCGGGCCUCAGAGUCCUGUGCUCAAGCUGACCACUCUGAUUCUCAUUCUUGUGGCUGGGGGGCGGGGGUGAAACCCAAGGGAGACAUCUUCUGGCUGGGUGCAACAGGCCAGCAGGGUCUGAGCCAGGCAGAGCUGGAGGCUGCUGGCAGGGACAGCCCAGGCAAUGCCCACAGAGCAGGCUAGAGAGCCAGAGGCUGCAGACGGAGAGGAAGGCAUAGGCCCAGGCUGCAGGAGGAGUCGCUGUGGCUGCCCAGCGGCACACCCCAUUUCACGCUCCCUGGGCGGUGGCAGGGCCCCACGGCUAUCAGCUUUCAGGGGUGGGAGGGAUCAGGAAUGAGGAGGGGUCUGCCCCACCCAUGGCUCCCUACUCCCUCAGGGCUUUGUGGACUCAGGAGGUGGGUGGUGGCAACAGCUGGGACCCUGGGUGCAAGUGUACCUCUGGGAGCAGUCCAGGAGGUUCUUUCUGAGGCCCCCAAGAAGGGGUGGCCAGUCCCCCGGAGCCUAGCACUGUCCCUCCACAGGGCACUCAAUGCGCAGCUGGACACAACACCUGAGCCCUUCCCAGCCCUGUGGAAUGGGCUUCCCUGCUCCCGCCCCAACUCUGCCGGGCCCCUGCCUCCCUGGAUGUGGGCCCCACUUAGUCCAUGAGGCAGAUGGGGGGAUUAGAUGGCCCAGCCCAGACAAUAAAGGAGGGAAGGGCCUCCACCCCGGUGCAGUGCACCCACAGUGCUCACUCCCCGCUCAGCCCCCCUUAGGGAAGCUGAUGGGGAGCCAGGCAGGAGGAGGCCCCUGAAGGAUGGCCUGCUCCUCCCCACUCCCCCUUCUGGUGUUCCCUCCAGAGCAUUCACUUCUCCUACUUCUACAAAGACCACUGGCCACAGGUCCCCCAGGGCCCAGCUCUCUUCCUCACACAGUGCACCCAGAACCCAGAGCCUGGGAAAGCAGAACCAGAGUCCUCUGAGCUGGCCUCACCCUCCAGCCCUUUCUGGGGAGUGGAAAGAAGGGCCCAUGGGAUCCCCCCAGGGUGAUUAGAGCUGUGCUGGGCCUGCUGCAAAUUCCCAGACUCCCACUGGCUAGCACUUUCACCCGCUGCCAGGAAGUUGGUGAGGGGGAGGCGGGAGUAGGGGUGAGUCAGCGAUGACAGGAGACCGAGGGACAAAGGUCAUGGGUGGAGAAUUGGGAGACACUGUUUACAGCAGCUCGCAUCCUCCAGGAGGUCUUCGGAUGCUAGCCCAGCCCUGGGUUCUACAGUCUCUGACACUCCUUUUCUCUUUUUUUUGUCUGUUAGGAAUCAUAUCCUGGCCUUGAUGAUUUGCAUGCUUUGAUCGCCCUGACGGCCUGUGAGCUCCUGGAGGGCAUGAAGGCCCGUGGUUAACAGCAGUGACCAUAACGUAUCCACACUUCCUACUUUGGAAAACAUUCUUACAUCUAUUUAAUUAAUACGUGGGAAAGUGCUUGGAAUGGGACUUGGCACAUUGUUAGGACUGUUGUAUUUUCUGCUCGCUUCCUCACCUGACUGCGAGAGACGUGGCAGCUUUCCCCAGUGAAGGCCUGGGGACCCAGGCAAGUUAGGAGAGGACUAGCACCUCAGCUCUGCCUCCUGCGCAGUAUGCCAUUGUCCUGACUAGUGGGGCGGGCGGGCUGGGGGCCCCAGGAGGGCUGACAAGACAGGCGCUGGACUGGACUGAGGGUGGGCAGUCUCUGGGUUCAGACUGUGAGAAAGGAGCUCCAGAACCCGCGGGCUCUUCCAGCCAGGUCUCCUGGGCCCAUGGGAACGGGGUGGGAGCAGAGAAGGGGCUGGAUUAGCGCGGACUCUCCUCGGACCUCCAGAACUGCCCCCACAACGCGCCUGGGCCAAGAGGCCGGGCGGAAGCCUCGCGUGGGGCUCUGGGGAGUUACAAAACGGCCACGGGGAUUACUGAGGCUGAAAAGAUUUGCCUAGGAAGGACAAACGGGAAGUGAGAGGCCGAGGAUAACGCUCCGCAAGUCCCUGGAGACCCCGCUGCGGACAAGCGGGGACAAGGGGGGCAGGCCGAGGUGGGGAAGUCUGGGGCAUCUGACAGUU